AUGAGAGAAAUUGUGCAUCUUCAGGCCGGUCAGUGCGGUAACCAGAUUGGAGCCAAGUUCUGGGAGAUCAUCUCCGAGGAGCACGGAAUCGAUGCUACUGGUGUUUACAAUGGAGAGUCCGAUCUACAGCUGGAGCGUGUGAGCGUGUAUUACAACGAAGCCUCGGCAGUUUCGCGGGCGUCCGGUGGCAAGUAUGUGCCCCGUGCGAUCUUGCUCGAUUUGGAACCGGGUACAAUGGAGGCGGUUCGUUCCGGAUCGUACGGAAAGCUGUUCCGUCCGGAUAACUUCGUCUUUGGACAAUCCGGUGCAGGUAACAAUUGGGCGAAAGGUCACUAUACCGAGGGGGCUGAGCUGGUUGAUGCUGUGUUGGAUGUGGUGCGCAAGGAAUGCGAAAACUGUGACUGUCUGCAGGGAUUCCAAUUGACCCACUCGCUUGGAGGUGGUACUGGUUCGGGAAUGGGUACGUUGCUCAUCUCGAAAAUCCGUGAGGAAUAUCCUGAUCGUAUUAUGAACACCUACUCGGUUGUACCGUCACCGAAAGUGUCGGACACGGUGGUUGAACCUUACAACGCCACUCUCUCGAUCCAUCAGCUGGUGGAAAAUACGGACGAGACAUACUGUAUCGACAAUGAAGCUCUGUACGAUAUUUGCUUCCGCACCCUGAAGGUACCUAACCCUAGCUACGGUGACUUGAAUCACCUUGUUUCGCUGACGAUGUCUGGCGUCACUACCUGCCUACGAUUCCCGGGUCAGCUGAAUGCGGAUCUGCGCAAGCUGGCCGUCAACAUGGUCCCUUUCCCGCGUCUUCACUUCUUCAUGCCUGGCUUCGCUCCGCUCACAUCUCGUGGCUCGCAACAGUACCGAGCACUGACUGUGCCGGAGCUGACGCAACAGAUGUUCGAUGCUAAGAACAUGAUGGCGGCUUGUGAUCCGCGACAUGGCCGCUACCUGACGGUAGCUGCCGUAUUCCGUGGCCGCAUGUCCAUGAAGGAGGUGGAUGAGCAGAUGCUUGCGGUUCAGAACAAGAAUAGUAGCUACUUCGUAGAGUGGAUCCCAAACAACGUCAAGACCGCCGUCUGUGAUAUUCCACCGAAAGGUCUGAAGAUGUCCUCCACCUUCAUCGGUAACACGACCGCCAUCCAGGAGCUGUUCAAACGUAUCUCCGAACAGUUUUCCGCUAUGUUCCGUCGCAAGGCGUUCUUGCAUUGGUACACCGGCGAAGGCAUGGACGAGAUGGAAUUCACCGAGGCGGAGAGCAACAUGAACGACUUGGUGUCGGAAUACCAGCAGUACCAGGAGGCGACCGCGGAUGAUGAAUUCGAGCAGGAAGACUGCCAGGAUGAGAUGGAAGGUGAAUGCGUUUGA